CUUUUCGGCCUCACCGCAACGAAUGCAACUUGUCGGGUUUUUUCGGCUUGCGGGAAGGCCCGAGAAGUUGCGAUUGUUUCGGCCUUUGCGCCAAUUUUAAAUUACGAAAAUUAUAUAUUUAUAGUUCAUCAAGCGGAGAUGUAUCAACAAAAAUUUUUUUAGCAUUGCAUAGAUAGCAUCGGUUUGAAGGCUUAUCAUCAAUUUCAACAAAUACGUCGAGACCAUGGGGAAGUAAUGACAAAUACCGAAGAUGUUACAUUCACUAUGGAGUUACCAGGAUGAAAUUGAAACUGAGAUGAAUUUAUAAUAAUUUAGUUGUGUGUUAGAAAUGGGUGACAAAUCGGAGGACGAAUUAGACGUAGAGGACUUGUCCGAGAAAAUCAAAAAAUUGGAAAGAGAGAAAGAGCUGUUGGAACGCAAAAAUAUGAAAAAGAAACAUGCAGAACUGACACGCUCCAUUGGGCAGCUGCGUAAACAAUCGGAACCUGAGCCCCACCCAUCCAGCCUAAGUCCGUCAAUUGAUAAAAAUUAUCCCAGCAGAGGAAUUCGUGAACCAGUAGACGGUGACUUUGGAAAUCUUCUUUCGGAACAGAGGGACAGACUUCGUGAUCUCCAGAGGCGAUCUGGAGAAAGACUGAGUGCGGAGCAUCAACUACGGAGCAGGGACCUUGACCAAUCAGAUUCUGACUCGGAGGAAAGACAAAAUUUGGACAAAGUGAUGUCCCAGGAACAUAAAAACAAGCUACAACAGAACCGAGGCGAACUUGUGGAGAACAUGACUCCCGAGGAAAUCUUCAACAUCCUCAUCGCAAGCCAGGUCAUCGCCACGGCAGAAGUUCGCAGGAUAAAGGAAAAAUCCCCUUUAGAGUCACAAAAUGAAGAGCUUCUGAACAUCUUAAUAAGGCGGCCUGAUCGAGCUUUCUAUGAAUUUGUCAAAUCCCUGCGUAGAACCCUGCAAGGUCAUUUGGCAGAUCUACUGGAGGAUUCUCCACAACAACGACGUACACCCAAGAGGAAACGAAGGACGGGGGAUUUAAACAUUUCUGUCAAUUGCGAGGAAGUUUCUUCGUUGCCAGCAAGUAAAAAGCCAACCUGUUCCUGCGGAGAAGUAGAAGAACAGAUUCUUAUAAUGGCAAAGACGGCGUAUAAAGCCAUACGAAGGCGAGACAACACACCAGCGUCUUUUGAACAAUUCAAGAAAGAACUCUCGCAGACAAACGAGAUUGUUAAAGAGAGCAUGGAAAUCAUGCACACGUUAAAGAUACUGUGUAAGCACGGAGACUUGGAUAUAUCGUACGGAAGUGUUAUUUUCUGUAUACGUUGCAAGUCCUUAGCCUGCGUGCAUGAGAUCUGGAAAAUGUACACUUCUGGGUCUUUACAAAGUAUGUUUCAAGAGACGUUAGUGACGACGGAUUUGUUAGAGAAGUUUUGUGUUGCCAAAGUGAGAUUAAAAGUGGAGAUUUGUGAAAAAGAGUACAAAAGAUGUCUAAAGGAACUAGGUGGGAAAGAGUUUAGAAGCAAAAAAAUAAAACCUUUUAGAGUAUUAAGGAGCAGCCCAGCAACAUGUAUGUCAAAGAAUACAGACAGUUACUGUAUUAGUUCCAUGAAAAGCAGGUCUCCUUAUUUUAACUCCAGCAUUCGAAAAAGGAAAGCUUUUACAGAAAUAGAAAAGAAUACCUGUGAAAGUCCUCAAAGUCUCAAACAGAAAAACUCGCCCCAGUUACCUCCCCUGUACAGCCUGAGGUCCCGAACAAACGGCGCCUACAGCUCAGUGUGAUUUCGGCGACUCAUUGCUUACUUGACCUUUAAAUCGAAGACCAAGCUACCUCAACCUUAUUUCUAUCUCCAGUUUAUAGUUAUGUGUGAUUUAUGCCAUUCAUAGCUCACUGGAACAUGAAAUCGGAGACCUAGCUAUAUCCACCUUAUAGCUUGGUGUGAUUUCGAGAAAAUUCAAACUCACUGGACCUUGAAAAUCGGAGACCUAGCUAUAUUCUGCUUGAUGUGAUUUUAGCACCUCACCAGUCCAGGGCAAAGUUACCUCCCCCUGAGGUACUAAAAAUAUCCACCUUAUAGCUUGGUGUGAAUCCGGGAACCUUAAAACUCACUGGACCAUGAAAUCGGAGACCUAGCUAUAUCCUGCUUAAAGUGAUUUUAGCACCUCACCAGUCCAUGGCAAAGUUACUUCCCCUGAGGUCUCAUACAUAAUAUCUUCUAUGGCUCUGUGUCACUCUUGAAUCUUGCGACUCCCUUAAUUAUGAAAUCGGAGGUGCAUGUAUAAUUAUCUCCCUUGUAGGACCAACAACGAGUCAACAUUAAAUGUAUGAUCCUGAGCAAGUCAGUGUAUUGAAUGUGAAGAGAUCAUGUUAAACUGAGAAGAAAAUUUAGCAGUUAACUAUGAAGAAAAGUGAUUUUCUUAUACAUUCAGGAACAGCACAAAAUUGAAACAUCUAGUAGAAAUGAGGAAAUCAAAUGAAAAUCUCUGUUUUCAUUAAGUUCUAGAUAGCUUUCCCCUUGAAGAGUGAUAAGUCCUUUAAGAUUGUUUGAAAAUAGUACACAUUGCAAAAUAAAUUCGUCAAAGAUUUUAAAUCAUAUCAAAAGUUAUAUGAAAGUUAGUUUGUACCGGUAAUUUAUGUCAGGUCUACAAGUUAUGUCCCCCGAUUUCUAUGCAUGGGUUCUAACAUUUAUGUAAAACAGGGGUAUCAAACAAUUUUGACAAUCUAGUGUUCAUGAAAUGGACUGAAUAUGGUAAACUACUUAUCUGGUCCAAAAAAUCAAUCAUGUAUACAGGUACAUGGAUGUUGUCUGAAAAGACUUUUCACAAACUACUUAUUUAAUAUGUAUUGGUAUCAAAGGAACCUAUUAUUUAAUACUGGGAUUGAUCGAUAUUGAAUUUCACCGUACAUUUUCAACAUUCAUGUAAUGUGUAACUGUUCUUGUAAUUAUUUUAUUUCAGCUAUACAACUAG